AUGAGAGAAAUCGUACACUUACAAACUGGUCAGUGCGGUAACCAAAUCGGUGCUAAAUUCUGGGAAGUUAUCUCGGAAGAGCACGGUAUCGACCACUCGGGUGCUUAUCAAGGUGAUGCUGACCUUCAGCUAGAAAGGAUAUCGGUUUACUAUAACGAAGCGAACGGGGGCAAAUAUGUUCCACGUGCGGUUCUCGUAGAUCUCGAACCUGGUACUAUGGACUCUGUUCGUGCUGGUCCUUUCGGUGCACUUUUCCGACCUGAUAACUUUGUGUUUGGUCAAAGCGGGGCUGGUAACAACUGGGCCAAAGGUCAUUAUACAGAAGGUGCCGAACUCGUCGACUCUGUGUUGGACGUCGUUCGUAAAGAAGCCGAAAACUGUGACAGUUUACAAGGUUUCCAAAUUACACACUCCUUGGGUGGUGGAACUGGUGCCGGUAUGGGAACUCUGCUCAUCUCUAAAAUCCGUGAAGAAUAUCCCGACCGUAUGAUGUGCACAUUUUCCGUUGUACCAUCACCGAAGGUGUCAGAUACAGUCGUUGAACCAUACAAUGCCACCCUUUCAGUCCAUCAGUUAGUUGAAAAUUCUGAUGAGACAUUCUGUAUCGACAACGAAGCUUUAUACGAUAUCUGCUUCCGCACAUUGAAAUUGCAAACACCAACAUACGGUGAUUUAAAUCAUCUUGUGUCUGCCGUCAUGAGCGGAAUCACAACAUGUUUACGUUUCCCUGGUCAAUUGAAUGCUGAUUUGAGAAAAUUAGCCGUGAAUAUGGUUCCCUUCCCACGUCUGCAUUUCUUCAUGGUUGGUUUCGCUCCAUUGACUGCACGAGGAUCCCAAGGAUAUCGAGCUCUAAGUGUUCCAGAAUUAACACAACAAAUGUUUGAUGCCAAGAAUAUGAUGGCUGCCUCAGAUCCUCGUCAUGGUCGUUAUCUCACUGUUGCAGCUAUGUUCCGUGGACGAUGCUCGAUGAAGGAAGUCGACGACCAAAUGUUGUCGGUCCAAACCAAAAAUAGCUCAUACUUCGUUGAAUGGAUUCCAAACAAUGUUAAAACUGCUGUUUGUGAUAUUCCACCGAAAGGCCUCAAAAUGUCGGUCACCUUCAUUGGCAAUUCAACUUCCAUCCAAGAAUUGUUCAAACGUAUCAGUGAUCAAUUCACUGCUAUGUUCCGGCGUAAGGCUUUCUUGCAUUGGUAUACUGGAGAAGGUAUGGACGAAAUGGAGUUCACUGAAGCUGAAUCAAACAUGAACGAUUUGGUAUCUGAGUAA